UGUUCAUCUGUGCAUCAUAGUGCCAACAUACAAGUGCAGUUUGUUGCUUUGGUAUGCUUACUACGUAAAGUUGUUUCUUGUUUACAAUGACGAGAUAAAUAAAGUAACCAGUUGAACGGGUUUACAUUAGUCAAUUCAACAGUUCUGUCGAAAUAGAGAACAGUGUGUUGUACUGAGCCAUGUAAUUUGUAUAAUGAUUCUUUAUGUACAGUAUUUUUCGUGUCACGACCCGCUGCUUCAAGGUUUUAUCAAAGGUGAUGGGUGUCGGUAAACUGCUGAUUUGAACCGUAAUAAGCUUAUAUGUAAUGCCAAGAAUAUCGUAAUAUAGGUAUAUCAAGUGAAUUAUUAUGGAUAUCCCCCUACCAGAGGAAUCUCAGCCCCCUGGACUGCCUGAUAAGCAAGUUACAUCUGCAUUUCCACAAUGUGAUAACAUUCCUCUUCCAUCAUGUGGUAUGCAGUUCAACACAACUGCAUUUCCACCAACUGCACAGCCAAUUGCAGCUCCAGUCUUACCACCAGAAGCUCCACCACUUCCGCAGACAUCAGAAGCAAAUAUUGACCAAGCAGAUGACCCAAACAGAUAUUCACCAAGCCGUGCAACUGCUGAAGAUGAUAUUCCAGUCACUCCUCCUCCUCCAAAAUCAGAACCACCUCGUGCCCAUUCAUUUGCACCGAAAACAACUGUACUUGGGAAGGCCCAAGCCAAGAAGCGGCUGCUUGCUUUCUCCAUGACCAAACAAGGUGGAGGGGCUGGAUUGUCUUUUGGUUUCCAGAAGAAAGUGGUGCCAAAAGUUAAUACUGGAAGUGCAAAAGUGUUUGCAGGCACAGCAGUAGAUGAUGAUGUAGUCCAGGAAAGCAAGGACCCUGUAGUGAAACAGGAGAAACAGGCAUCUCAAGGGAAGAAGAAGCCAUCUAAGAAGGGGCCUACAAGGGAUGACAAAGCACGGGCUGUUGUGUCAGCUAUUGAGGAGAUAAAGCGAGAGGAGCUGAUGUUGAGAGGUGUCAUUGCGUAUGGUAGUCUGGACCUGAAGACAGCUGGUGACAUGACCGCACCUGUACCACUGCUGGGUCAGCCUAUGGGACUGCCAACUAAACCCAAGGAUGAGUUUGAUUUAAGUGGGAAUCCAUUAUUAGAGCAGCAGAAAGGUGCAAUUGAGUCACUGCUAGACAGUCUACUCUCACAGAGUGACAAAGCAAUCAGUAAUGACAAAGGUGCAGUGAAUUCUGAGACAGAAGCAGAUGCAGGAAGAUCUGAAAGACGAGAUGGAGGGAGGAGAAAGGAAGAUAGGAAAAAGGACUCUGAUAGAGGCUUCAGCAGUCGACGCAGAUCCGAUGGACGAGAAAGGCGAAGAAGCAAGGAACGACACAGUCGUAGUGGAAAAGAUAGGCAUAAAGAUGAAAAGCGGUCCCGUGUCCCUCCGACAGAACUUCCCACAAGCUGGGCUCAGUUCCAUUCAGGUGGUUAUCGUAUAGAAGAAAUUCGACGCCUCAAACUGAAACUAGAUGACCGAGAUCUUGGAGGGAGUUCAAAUGGCAGUCGCAGCAGAGGUAAACACCGUAGGAGGUCGAGGGAUCACAGGAGCCGAUCUCGAGAAGAUAGGAAACCCCGAAAGUCACCAACUCAAGAUGUUGAUAAGGAAUCUAAAACUGAUGAAGACUUAGAUCAUUUAUAUCGCCCAUUUGAGGGUCCAUCUCGCUUGCGUUUCCCUCUGGUGAUCACAAAUUCAGCACAGAUGAUUAUAGAAUAUCCCCGAAGUUUUGUUCAUUAUACAAAAACUCGGCCACCAGUUUCAUACUGUGAGAAUCCGAACUCAUCCAGUGCUCACUUUCGUUCACGGACUGAAAUAUUUGGUGAUGCUACCUCUGAGAUGGUGACACUCAUGCAGGAAAUUAUCAACAGUGAAGAGAAAGAGGAGCCCAUUCGAUUUAAACGAGAACCUGAUGAGAAUCUUUCCAGCAGCUUGGCAGCCCUGCAGGUGUCAUAUGAUGAGGCAGAGGUUGGAGGUAGUCCAUCCUCUCCUGAGAAUGUUGCUGAUGGCAGACGGAAAGAACGAUCUUGGUAUCCAGAGAAAGACUUUCUAAUCUUGACAGAACAUGAGGGUAAAGAUGAAAAUUCAAUGUCUGAAGCAGAAAUAGUUGUCAAAAAUGAAAAGGAGGAUUUAGAAGUGGAUAGAGAGAAUGUGACAGAAAGAAAACUCUCAAUGGAAGUGAUGGAUGUUGUUGAAAAUGACCACCAUGCAUUAUCAAAUAAUGAAAAUGGCAAAGAAAAAACACCUCAGAUGCAAUCUCCUGAUGCACCUAUUAAUGUACCAAAAGCUGAAAGAACUACUGUUCGCUCAAAGUGGGACAGUGAUUAUGAAGAAGACAUGAUGUCAGCUGAAGAAGCUCAACGUGAUGUCAUUGAAAAGGAAACCUUUAAUCAUGAACUAGAGGUUACUAGCAAAGUCAUUGAUCAAGAUUAUUUAGUAGAGGAGAGUAAAAAUAGGAGCACUGGUGAGUAUGAUAAGAGCUCAGACACUCAAGAAGAAGAGCAGCCAUUAUAUGAUGGAGAGGGGCAAAGUUCAAGGAAGGAAAAACAUUAUACAAAGAUACAUCUGGAAGAAAGAAGCAGUAUAGUAGAAGAAACUAAAGAUGUUGAUAAUGAUGAAGAAAAAGAUGAUGGUGAUGAUAAUGCCAGUGACAAUGAUAUGCAAGCUAAUGACUGUGCAUUAGAAACAGAUAAGUUGAACAGAGAAAACUUGGCUUCUGCAGAGACCAGCAGUGAAGGUAACACUGAUCAGAAGCUUGUGUCAGAAUAUGAGGAAUUUAUGAAAGCUGUGAGCUUUGAAACCAUUCCCAUUGAUGAACAAGAUGGUUCUGGUAAUGAACCAUGUGAGCAUCAGGAGUCUGCAGAAUCAGAGAAGGAACCUUCAGAGGGGGAUGUAUUUGAGAGACGACAGAUGGAACUGAAUGUAAAUGAUACAUGGGAUGAAGAUAGCAAAGAAAGAAUGGAAGAUACAGAAGAGAGGGUAAAUACUGAUUUUAUGUUCCUGGAGAAAGUGAUUAAAGAAGGAAGGGAAAGUAAUGUUAAAAGGAAGAAGACAAAACAGGACUUCGAACAACAAUCCAGUUCCUCUUCUAGUGAAGAAGACGAAGAAGAAGAAGAAGAGGAGGAGGAGGAGGAGGAGGAAGAGGAAGAAGAGAAAAAUUUGAAACCAAGGAAACGUGAAAAGAAACGAAAAAGUAAAGACGUUGAGAAAAGAAAGAGUCGUAGGAAGUCGUACAGUAGUGAUGACACCUCCAGUAGUGAUGACUCCAGUUCCACAAGUUCAGAAGAUGACCAUGAAAAAAGAAAACAUAUUACCAAAAGAGAAAAAGGUAGGAGGAAGUUGGAAGAAAUGAGUGAUAAUGAAUUUAAAGAAAUGUCUGGAAAAACAAAAUCCAAAUAUAAAAAAGCAUCAAAGAAAAAGAAGAAAUAUUUUCGUAGAAAGAAGCAUCAACAUAAACGAAACAAGAGACGGAAAAUUGAGACAAGCUCCUCAUCAGAUGACAGUUCAGAUUCAGGUGAUGAAUCUUCUUCAAGCAGGUCUGAGAGAGGACGUAAACGCCACAAAAAUAAGGAAAGUAGGGGACGUAGAAAGGAUGAUAGGGACAGUAGCUCUGAGGACAGUAGUAGCUCCAGUUCUUCAGAUUCAUCUUCAUCAUCAUCCUCUCAUGGGAAGAGCUCAAAGAAGAAGAGGAGGAGGAAAAACUCAAAGAAAGCAAAGAAAGAGGCUCACAAGAAAAGAAAAGAAAGAAAUCGUGCUAAUAGUGAAAUGGAGAACAGCAAUAAAAGCAAAAGUCGUAAAGGGGAAAGAAAUCGCAGAUUAUCUGGUAGCAGACAUUUGAAUAAUGGAGAAGACUCAAUCAUGUUGGAGGAACUGGGGGCUCAGAUUGUGAAAGUUAGAAAUCAGGAUGGCAUUGAUCUGUCUGCAAGACAUUUUGAAAAUGCUACUAGUUCAGAUAAUGAGCAAAAUGAAAAUAAUAAGCAAAUGCCAUUAAAGGAUGACAGAAGGGCAUUAACAUUAGAGUCUAGUGAUAGUAAUACUAGCAGGGAUCAAAAAGUACAGUGUCAGAUUGAAAAUGAAGAGAACAGGAAAGAAGUUGGAAACAACAGCAUGUUUGCUGAUAAUGAUAUGAAUUCUUCUGGUGAGAGUUGCUGGGAAGAGAGUCAUAGGUCAGAGGAAAAACAAGUUGAAAUUUCAGAAGAUAGUCAUGAAAGAGUAAGCAACAAUGUCAGUUUAGAAGUAGAAGGCAAGGGGAGAAGAAAAGUAGAAAAGAGAAAAUUUUUGAAGAAAAGACGUCGCGAUCGACGUUCCCAUUCUGUAUCUCCUUUGAAUAAUUUUGGUCGAAAGCGUCGACGAUCUCCAUCAACAUCUCCUGAACAUUCACCAAUUCCACAACGUCGUAGCUCUACUGAGGGAAAGGAUAAGGGUCAGAGAGACAAUGCUGCAUCUAAAAGUCAAACGCAUAGUGGAUAUAAUUUAAAGCAUGGAGAUGGAGGUGGUCGGAAGAGGGGACACAAUCAAGGUGACAGGGAUUUGGCCCCACAAGAUUUUGUAGACUAUCAAGGAGUCGAGGAACAUUCCUUUACUGAAGAAGGAGACCAGUCAGGGUUUGAAAGUUAUACAGUUGAUAUAUUUGAAGGGUUCAGGCAGACAGAGAUGAGAGUGGAUGAUAACAGAAACAAAUACACAACUUGCCAUGAUUACAGUUCCAGUGGUGAAGAUGACACGAGCAGGAACAAACGUACGGAUGAUUUAAUGAGUCAGGAUGAAAUUAAAGUCCUUAGGAGACAUAGUUUGAGACAAAGUGAUGGUGCAGUAGUGGACAGAGGUUUCAAAAGGCAAAGAGAUAAUCUUGAAAAAGACAGCUGUUCACCCUUACUGGGAAAAAUUAAACAGAUUGUUAGUGAGGACAAGGAGUUAAUAGGCAAGAACAGAGAUGAUCUGUUGACAAAAUGUGUUAAAGACUUUUCACAGGCUAGUCAUGACAGCUCUGACAAUUCUAACAUUUGGAAUACCAAGGCAGGUGAAGAUGGUAGUGAUCAAUUCAGUCUCUCUAGAUCCAGUAUAAAGAAAGAAAUACAGAAUAUUUGUCACAGAGGUCCAGAUUUUGAGGAGACAGAUAGUAUGUACAGUCCAGUUGAUACUUUUGAAAGUAGGCUAGUUUCUGAGUCUGUAAAAAAGAACAAUUCUGACUAUGUAGAUUCAUCAAGUCAAGAAUCAAAAAUGGAUGACAGUUACCCAUGUGAUAUGUCAUUGGACAGCCUGAGUAGUCCACCUUGUGUAGAAGAGUCUGCAGCUGUGAUACAUAACCAAGAUCCAUGUGGUACCUCAAGAAAUCUUCAACUCAUUGAUCAGUGUAGUGGCUACAGUUCACCAAGUCAGGGUUUCCUCUCAAAGAAUGUUAUUCCUCAGCUUGACUCAUUCAUGUCACUGGAAAACAUUCCAUUGCCACCACCAGCAUCUCAUAGUGAAGUGAAUGUCUUUAAUAAGCAUAUUGAAAAAUCAUAUGAAAUUCACCCUCCUUUACCACCAACAACACCCUUAGUAGGAAGCAGCAAUAGCAGUUUCAGUGAAGAUGUUGGUGCCCAAGUCACUACUUCUGAUAAUGAUUCAAAAACAUCUGCAUCCCAGCUGUUAGAAUCUUCAGUUGGUGUGCGCAAACCUUUAGGUAAACUCCCAAUGCAGAAACAUGUAAUCACAGUGAAGCUUCUUUCUCCUCUUGCUCGACUUCAAAGUUCACCUGGAAAUAAACCUUUUCAUUUUGAGACCUCAGAUGUACAAGCUAAAACUAUAGGUUCUGAUGAAAUAGUAGAGUCUUCUCCAUUAUCUGUUAAAGUGGAGAACAAACCUAAAAAGGAAAAAGAGGGCAACCUUGGUGUCAAACCAGUAUGUCCUGAUGAAGGCACUGCAUCAGGUGAAGUGAGUAAGAGUAGUGAAACAGAUUUGAAAGUACAAAUCAAACACCCAUGGAAAUCUUUUGGCUUAUCUUUGAAAGGUGAUGGCAGUAAUUUAACAUUAUAUGAUGAUAUUUUGGAAACAAAUGUCUCUGAAGAGCAAGUGUCAUCCACAAGUGUAAAAUCAGUUUCAGAUGUUAAUAAACAGGAGAAAAUUCAUUCUAAUGAAGCUGUCGCCAAGGAACGUACGCGUAAAAGACCAUCUCGUUGGGGAAUGAUGACAGCUCCUGUGAAACAUGGCAUGGAGAGCAUGCAUCAAGUCGAUGUUAUCAGCUCUCAGCAGAAAUGUGAUACAAACCAGAGUUGUUCUGUGGCAUAUCCAGAUGGCAGUAGUUCAGAAGGAAACAAAGAUUCAUAUGAGUAUAAGCAGCAUGGUGAUAUUCCAGCAGAACUUGAAUCAGAAGAUAGGUCUAGUAGAAAGAAAUUGUCAGGUGAAUUUGGUAUGGAUUUAGCCUCCAGUCACUCGGAAAGUGUAAGAAGAGACAUUAGAGACUCUGAAGAUAGCAGAGUUUUCAGUGGCAAACAUUCCAGGUUUGAUGAUAAAAGAGAUGGAUGGGAUAAAAGAAUGGAGGAGAGAGACAAUAAGAACAAAGCCAAAGAUAAAUCUGAAGACAGAGAUGUAAGUAGAAGGGUCAGAGGUGAAGAUAGGGAAACCGAUAAGAAACAAAAGGAAAAAAGAGACAGAGAUAAACAAUGGGAAGAAAGACCAAGUGAGAGAGAAAAGAGAGGUAGUAAGAGGGGAGAGAAUGUAAAUAACAUGGACACUGAAGAAGACUGUGAACGUAAAGAAGAAUAUAGAGACAGUGAUCUGAGUAAUGCAGAAACACAUGAUGGAAACAGAGUCUCUGAUUUACACCAGGCUGAAUGGCAGGAUGGUGGUGAGACCUCUCAUGACAAGAGAGAAAUUACUACGUCAGGUUCAGGAUGGGGAGAUACUGAGGACUACUCUGGCCCAAAGCUGAACUCUGCUGUAGAUCCUCCUUGGGAAAGCAGAGUUGUACGCUACCGGUCACGGUCAAGAUCACUUUCACCUGAAUUCACAGGUUGGGAAGAUGCAUCUGCCAAGAGGAUAAGAGAAGAUGAUCAGGGGAGAAAUAGGCUUGAUGGCCAAAGGAACAGCAGCAGGGAAAGGUAUGUGGGUCAGCCAAAAGGCAGUCUUGAGAGAGUUGGCAGUGCAGAUGGUGAUCGAGUCAGAGAGAGCAGUGCUGAUCUGGACAGCAGGAUCAGAAACAGUAGUAGAGAUCGUGAAAGAAUGAGAGAAAGUAGUAGAGAUAGGAUGGGAGGAAGUAAUAAAGACAGAGUGAGGGAAAGUAGCAGAGACAGAGAUAGAAUGAGAGACAGUUGUCGAGAUCAGGAUAGAAUGAGGGAUCAUGACAGAUUGAGAGAAAGUAGCAGGGACCAGGAAAGGAUAAGAGUAAGUAACCGGGAUAGGGACAGACUGCAGGAUAGUGGCAGGGACCGAGAUAGGUUGCGGGAGAAUAGUAGAGAUCAAGAGAGGCCGAGGGGCAGUGGUAGAGAUGUGGAUAGAACUAGGGGUAGUAGCAGAGACCAAGAUAGAAUGAGGGAUAAUAGUAGGGACCGUGAGAGGGUUAGGGAGAGGCAAGAAGAUAGAGAGAGGAGAGAUGAAAGAUGUAUACGAGAUCGGUGGAAUGAUGACUUGGACAGAGGCAGAGAUCGAGAGAGAGACAGAAGAGUAGAUAGACACUGGGAGAAGGAGAGGCAUGAGAGGAAAAAGGAUGAUAGAAGCAGAGAAUGUGAUAGAGAUAGAGGACGCUGGGCUGAAAGAAGAAGUCACAGCCCAGUUGUUGAAGACCGCAGAGAGCAUGAAAGUAGUGGAUCAGGAUACUACAUCUCAGAUAUUCCAUUACCCAUAGCCAGUACUGCUGAGUCAUGGGAUCCAAGUACUGGAGUUGGUUCAGGGGAAGCAGACAUGGAACUUAGUUGUUCACCAGCAUCAUCCCCAUUAGUUGGAUUUAAGCGUAGCCUUGCUGAUUCAACCAUAAGUGAUUCUGAGUUAGUUGCUGCUGCAGGGAAGCAGGAAGAGCAUCAUCCUUCAUCUCCAUUUCAACAGUGUGGUGGGUAUUAUAAUACUGGCUCUUACCCUCCAACUCGAGAAGUAUGUAAUGUGUCACCAACUGACUCCCCAUCAUUUUCACCCAAGAGAAUAUCCCUAGAUGAUCGAAUUGAAUUAGAACUUGGGGUAAAGAAAAGCUCACCACCAUUGCCACCUGCACCACAGCAGAUUCCAGUGUAUCACCAACAUCAAUCCUACACUGCGCCGUAUACUGGUUAUCAAGAUGGUAGCUAUUACACUGUUCCACUUCCUCAGCCACAUUAUGAAGGUAAUCCUACUGCCAUGUCUGGCAGUGAGAAGGUGAUGCCUACACAUCCACAUUAUAUGCAUUCUUGUGAAGAAUUUUCUGGUCCACCUCAACAUGAAGCUUUGCACCAUCAAAAACAGUUCAUAGGAGGACCACCUUCAGUGCAGCCAGAAGAAAAGUAUGGUCCAUCCGCUCCUAAGAAACGCAGGCCACCACUUCUACCCACACCUAGCAAUAUAGCUCCUGAUAUGAGCCAUUGGGAUUCCCCUGAAGCUUUCAUUGGUACACAGGAGAUCCAUAAGAUGGUGUUGACACCUGAACUUGGACGAUCUGUAGUUGUGGCCUCAGAAUCAUUCAUGGGCUCACAACAGAUGGGUGGCAGCUCUCAUGUUGUACAGGUGGGUAAUGUGCUCCAGGUUGUUCCUACUGAUCUGCCUCCUGGCAGAGUGCUUGGGGCUGUGCCGCCACCACCACCCCCAGCUCAACAGCCAAAGGCUCAUAAAUCACUGGUCCUUCAGGCUGGCAAUAUGCUUCAGGUAAUUCCAAGUGAGAACCUCGCUGUGCCAAAUUCUAGUGGUAGCAGCAGGGGCACACAGGUGUUUCAAGUGGGGAACAUGUUACAGGUCAUACCUGGAGCUAGCCCAUCGCACACACCUCCUCAACAAGUUGUUAUGAAGCAAGCCAAGAUAACUGCACCUCAUUCUGCAGUGCCUCAGCCUGGCAUUCAAGCCCUUGGGACAGCAGAAUUGUCAGUGGUGCACAGUCCCAUUACUUCAUCUCCUGUUGCCAAGGUUUCACCGAAUCAAAGACACACAUUGCCUGUAGUAUCAGGCACUCCAUUGCCAGUGCCUGCUACACCAACUAUGAUAGUGGCCACCACCUCAGGGAUAUUUCCUACAGAGGCUGCACCUGCUUCUGGAUAUUCUCCCCCUGCCUCUCCAUUCAUUAUCAGUGAGCCACAACUACCACUGCUACCUACAGAAGUGAUGCCUGUACUAGCAGAGGUUCCCAUCCCAUUUUUGUCUCCAUCUGACUCUCCUAGAGAGGAAGCAGAGAGACGGUGUGUAGAACGUGAAAGACGGCGUCAAGAGAAAGAGAAGCGUCGGCAUGAGAAGGAGAAGAGGCGACAGAUCAAACUGAAGCAUGCUGCUGAUAACUUGAUUAAGAAAGCUCUUCAACAAGAGGGAGAUCAGACAGACAUUGACUUGGAAGAAAUGAGACUAAUUGAGGAAGCAAUGCGUCAAGUUCCUGACUGUGAGGAUGAACCAGGGCCAGAGGUAUCUCCAGUGACUCCUCCAAAGAAGAAACGACGACCCACAGUGCAAGUGAAGCCACUGCCUCCUGCUGGAAAGGGCAUUCUUAUAUCUCCUGGGUUCAGAGAGAAACCAAUAUCUGGAGAGAAUGAAGGAAGGAAGUCGGUCAAAUUUGCCGAUGGUGUGCGGCCUGGAGAAGGCACAUCACCAUCAGCAGGGGAAGACCUGCCAUCACCUCCACCACCACCCCGGAAACUUCCGAAGGAAAAGAGAUUUAAAAAGAAGAAGAAGAAGAAAAUUAAGGUAAUGGUGAAGAUUAUUCGACAGAUAAAUGUUGAGGAUGAUGAUGACGACGAUGAUAUUUCCCCUCCCCCGCCCCCACCAGGCUCUCCGCCUCCUCCGCCGUUGUAUCCCCCAACAUACCCUGCUGGGUAUCCUCCAUCAGGCUAUGUGUACACACAGCCUACAUCUUACACAGUGUUACCUGGAACUGAUGGGGGAGCCCCAGCUCCUGCAGGGUCUGCUACUGUAUUCACUUCAAUGUACCAUCAGCAUCACCACAGUACUACUACCACCACUACCACUGUUCAGUUUGCACCACCUCCACCCCCUCCAAGCCCGCAUGUGUAUCCUUCAACUGGAAAGCAGCGUAAAACAAAGUGACUGAGACAUGUUAAGCUUUGUGCCCUGUUUCUGCUCUCUCUUCUUUCCAGCAAACACACAAGUAGAUGACCAAGUAAAUACCUUUAAAUCACAACAGUGUUGACAAGCUCUGUUCUGUUGAGAUUCUCCUGUUUAUCAUGCAGAAUAAUUGAUAAUCACACCUUUCCUUACUUUUGGCUUAAGAUAUUUGUCUGAUUACAAACACCAUAUUGGACAAGACAUUGGCUUGUAUUCUAGAGUUACUAAGUUUGUAAUGUGCUUUAUCUGGGAACAUCUCCAAGCAUUCCCCUAGGGAUUACCAGUUAUGACUUUCAAUAUAAGAAUAGGAUCUUUAAUUUUCAACGAGGAUAUAAAUAUGGAAAUUAUUGUAAAUUGCUACUGUAAUUAAGUGAAUCAUACUUUAUUGUCUCGGGAUUGGUUGAUAUUGUUUCGUGCAAUACUUGUUCCAUUUUGGAUGUAAGUAAAUCAUGAAUUGGUUUCUGAAAGAGUCCAUAAUUAAGAAUCAGAGAUUCACAUUUUUAAAUUCAGAUAUUGUAGAACUUGAGUUUUUGUCCCUUGACUUGUGAUUUAUGGGAAUUCAUUUCCUACAAACCAAGUUUCUCUAUAUCCCCCCCCCCCUUUUCCACAAGUCUAAUGCAAUAUACAGAAUUUGGCAGAGAUAGCAGAUCACCAGAAAUGUCAUCCUAACAUGUCAUCUUUAUAUCCUAAUAAAAUAUUUUCUGUUUGAUAUGUUUGAAUAUGAAUUAUUUAAAAGCAAUUUUAAAUGAAAAUGGUAUAGAUUUGUAAUAUAUAUCAGUCAUUACUAAUACAAUGAAAUAAAUGCAUUACUGAGCACACAUGUUUUUGAAGAGGUCAAUACAAUAGGCUUUGAUGUUAAAGUUAUUUAAUUUGUAUGGUUUAGUCACAUUAUAUGGUUAAAUGGAUUAUGACUGUGUUGUUUCUUGGUUUAUAUAAGUAUGUUGAAUACAGUGCAGGCAACACUUUGUCCAAGAAAAUUUUGUUUUAUGUGUGUAUAUACUAUUAGCUGGUUAAUUAUCAGACUGUGGCAGUGCUAUGAGGGUUACAGUCAGCUGUUCACAGAACCUCUAUGCCUUUAUCCUAUAGUGUGUACUGCACUGUUUAUUGGAUUUAUAGGUACAUAUUGUAAAGUGAGCAAGUGCAAUCCAGAAAUGAAAUGCAAACUAGAGGUAAUAGACAUAGUCAUAUGCCAUUUUAAUAAACAAGAACAGGAGAUGAUAAUAUCACUAAAUAGAAGCAUAUAAUAAAAAAUUUGUUAGUAGGCAUAUGUGAAGUGACUGGUUUGAUUUUUUAUGGCAGUAAAACCUGGUUAUGGUGUUUCAUUCCAUGUCUCUUUCUAAAACGGCAUUUUGUUUUCUGAAACUUGGAGUGGAAUUAAUAACACAGAUAAGGUAAUGUGUUGCAUCUCUGUAAAUGUUUAUGCAGUAAGAGUACUGAAAGAAUUAAUGCUGUGCUUGUCUGUACUGGGUAUGUGUGCCAUGAUGCUCAGGUCAAAGGGUUGUUGCUACAUGAGAAAUAGUCUGCAGAUCAGGAACUGCACCUGUAAAGUACCUAUCAUUUCCAGGAUAUAAUGUCCUCUCAUUCCCAGCAUCCUGCAGCUGUACUAUCGUCCCAUAAUCACAUAGGAAGAGAGCAUGUUCAUUGUUAAAUUUUAUUGUGUUCAUAAAUAUAAUUCAUAACAUCCAAAAGAAGAUUCUUGCAUGCCUUUAUUGUUUGGACUUAACAUAGAGUAGCAGUUACAGAUUGUAUUGUUUCAUGCAUAAUGUGGGCUGGAAUUUUCUUUUCAAAUUCAAAAUUAAGAAUAUUGAAUAUACCCAUGAAAACUGCCGUUUUACUUGAGCUGUUAUGAAUUCUUUAUUAAUCUAAUUUUCCUGUUCUAAAUCUCUAACUAAAAUGUGAAUGUUCAUCACUUGGCUUCCUUAGUGUUUAUUCAUCAUUACUAGUUGUCUUGCAGUUCUGAGUAUGUUAACAUUCUCUCUUAUGCACAUGUUAAACUGUACUUAUGUUUCCAGAAACUUUAUUUAUUUAGACUGCAGUAGAAUAUACCAAAACAUGUUGGUAUGUAAUCGAGAUUUAGUCUUUUAUAUGGCAGUAAUAACAGAGAAAAUGGAGUUCAAAGUGUUUCCUGUGUACAUAUAAAAUAAUGUGAGGAAAAUGCAUUAUGUCAAAAUGUUAACCAAAUCCAUGAAUAUAGUAUUUGUAAGUAAAAAGUAUUGUAUAAAAAUUCAGGACUUUUAUUACUGCACUAUGUAGUCCUGCAACUGAGCUCCUUAUAACCAGGUUUUACUAUUUAAUAUCUAGACUCAAGACAUAGUAUGUUUAUUCUGGUGGCAAUUUCUGUUUUAAAAUUCUGAGUAUGCUUCUUACUGCCAUGUACAUUAGGAGAAUACCUCUGCUUCUACUUAAGUUCUUCAGUAAACAGAAAUAAGUCAGCAUUAUUAUGUUCCUGCAAAUGAAAUAUCUUGUACAGGACCUCAGUUUGCAUUCAAAAUAAUGUUACCAACUCUAGUAAAAAAAAGAUUCAUACUACCGUAGUUAUAUUGUCAUAGAUGAGAAACAGAUGUAAAUGAUGGAUUUUGAAAUAAAUUUAGAAACUUCAUGGAGGGAAUGUAUUAUAGUUUUAAAGAGUGCUUUAUCCACAUUUUCAUUGCUUUCUUUCUGUUGUGAUUGGAGUGAUUUCUCUAGGAUUAUGAUCAUAAUGCUGCUAUAUAUAUUCUUUGGCUUGUGAGGUAUAUUUAAUCUGGUCUUAAAAUUAAAAAAAAUAGUUUUCCACCUUCCUACUUUAUUACACUCUUCCUCUUGUAUAAGAUGUUAGCCAUAACUUUUAGAUCCUAAUAGAUCAAUCUUCACAAGUUACAGAAAGAUUACCAUCACUUGUAUUGUUGAGAUUUUGCAUACUGUUGGCUUUAUAAUUAGUAUGAGUUAUAAUAUGUGGAAUAUAAUCUUGUGAAAAUCAUCAACAAAUCUGUGAAAAAUGUAGAAAUCUGACUUUUCUUAUAUGUUGAUUAUUAUUUUUUAGCAAAAUGCUUUCUUCUGAUCUGUGAAAUUAAAUAUUUUAUGUUGUUUAA